AUUCUUCCUCUGUGGGAUUGGACGGACCUUUACACUGAAUCAUGCUUAUUGGAUAAUCCGUUAUAUGCAGAUGAACAAGUGAUUUUGACUGAUUGUGAGGUUUGUGAAGAAGUUUUUAACAUAGAUUACAUCAACAAGACUACCCCAGAAGAAAUAUCCCAAGAUUAUAUCCAACGAAAUCUACCUGUAAUUGUAAAUGAUGCCAUGAGUGAUUGGCCAUCCAUGAAAGAUUCUUUUAAUAUUCUAAAUCUUACAGAGGGCUAUCUUUUUAUGAAAGAAGAUGUCUGUAUGUUCCAUACUAAUCUCAGGGUCGAAAAUCACAACAGACUUUUUCGAAAGUUACUUAAUGAAGAAGUGCAAAAGUGGUAUGCUCAUUGGGAAAACUGCCAAAAAGCAUCUCAAAAAUUUUUAAGAAAAUUCUACACUCGUCCUUAUUUUCUACCAGGAAUAAUUCAGAUAACUGAAUCAAAUUGGAUAUUCAUGUCAUCAGGCUAUGUUGGAAAGAAAUUCAAAAUGGUUGAUGUUCUCCCAUCUCUAACUUUUAUGUGGGUAGCUCAGCUUCGAGGAUACAACAACAUUCGUUUUGAGCCCAAGGAGCCUUGUGACCGAUACUGCAAUAUUCUAGAAGACAUUCUUGAGGAAGGUGAAAUUGUUUUGUUCAAUCCAGCAAUUUGGAGUUUUUCAUAUCUUCCCGGAGAAGGAACAGAAAACUUGGCUCUUGGUGCUGGAGGAUUUUCUCAUUUUUCUUAAUUAAAAUAUUUUAAUCAAUAAUUGUAAAGAAAAGAUGUAGACCAGCUUUAAAUGAAAGCAAAAAUAAAAAAUGGAGAAGUAAAAUAUAUUUUUUA